GCAAACCACUCUGCUCUCUUGAACUGCCCAGGACAGAGGACUGUUCGACAGUGCAAGCUGGCACUCGCUUCGCUUCACAACCGAGUCAGAGAGAGCCUUGAAGGGGCUUUUUAACAUCACCAGAAGGAGAGAUGAAGUUUGAUGACUUGCUGAUGGAACUGGGCGGUUGCGGGCGACACCAGGCGAUGGUUGUCGCCUUGCUGGUCAUUCCUCGUCUAACCAUUCCCUUCCACUUCCUGCUCAACAACUUCAUAGCUGCGAUACCACCCCACCAUUGUGAUAUCAGUGUUCUGGAAGUGGAAGGAGGCCUGGACAAUCUGACCCGGGAGCAGAGACUGACUGUGAGCAUUCCUCUAGAGGAGGACGGAGAGCUGUCCUCUUGUCAGAUCUUCUCCGAGCCACAGUUCCACCUCUUGAGCGUCUCCUCCAAUGCAAGCCACCUCCCUACAGUUCCAUGCCGGAGUGGCUGGGUGUUCGACAACAGUUCCUUCAUCAGCACACUGGCCACUGAGUGGGACCUGGUUUGUGACCAGAGGGGAAUGACCAAAGUGACCGCGACCAUCUUCUUCGUCGGGGUGAUGGUGGGUGCCGCCAUAUUUGGCAUCCUAAGCGACAGGUACGGCCGCAAACGCAUGCUGCUGUUCUCCUACCUGUUGUCCAUCUGCUUUGCGGUGGCCAGCGCCUUCUCCGUCAACUUUGCCAUGUUUGCCGCCAUGCGCUUCUUAACAGGCGUAGCCAUCUCCGGCAUCAGCAUCAUCUCCAUCGUGCUGUGUGUGGAGUGGGUGGACAUUGACCACCGCACCCUGGUGGCUGUGGCGAUGAGCUUGGACUGGACUGCGGGGGCCGUACUGGUCGCGGGGAUCGCCUACCUGAUCAACGACUGGAGGUACCUGACGAUUGCCGUCACCGCGCAACUGGUGUUGGCCACGCUGACCUGGUGGUGGCUGCCGGAGUCGGCCCGAUGGCUGAUCGCCCACGGACGGCUGGACGAGGCUCACUACUACCUGACCAGGUGCGCCCGAGCCAACAACAAAAAACAGGUCAUGACAGCCAUCAAGCCACAUGUGCUCUCCACGGUUAUCGUGUCAGAGAACAGUGGCGAUCGGAAGUACAGCUACCUGGAUUUGGUGCGGACGCCCAAGCUGAGGAGGAUAGCGAUGCUUACGGGCUGCUCCUGGUUCGCGGUCGCUUUCACCUACUACGGCAUUGGCCUUAACAUCACCGGCUUUGGCGUCAACAUCUACCUGACCCAGCUGAUCUACGGCGCCACCGAGCUGCCAGCCAAGAUUGGCAUCUACUUCAGCCUGAACAAAAUCGGUCGUCGGUACAGUCAGGCGGGUAGCCUGCUUACCACGGGACUCUGCUUGGCGGUCAACGUCUUCAUCCCGCUCCGCAUGAACCUGGUCCGGAUGACAGUGGCCGUUCUGGGGAAGGGCUUUUCCGAGGCGGCGUUCACCUGCAUCUUCCUCUACACCACGGAGCUCUACCCGACGGUGGUCCGGCAGAACGGCCUGGGCUACAACUCGUUCGUGGCCCGCGUCGGCGUGUCCUUGGCCCCGCUGGUCAGCCUCCUGGAGGGGGUGUGGGGGCCGCUGCCCAACGCGCUCUUCUCUGCUGUGGCGUUGUCGGCAGGGCUCCUGGCCCUGCUGCUCCCCGAGACGCGUAACAAGCAGCUGCCCGAGACUAUUGAAGACGUGGAGCAGACCGCGAAGAGUCCCAUCUCCACCUCCGAGCACUGGAAGGACUCUGAGAGUGUCCCCAUGAACUGACAGAGGCUCCGAGAUCAACCCAGGGGAGGCGGACUCACUGCGGAUGGUCCUGGCAUGCUCCUCCUGUAGUGUGGCCAGGGUGGCGUUGUGGGUCUCCUCCAUCUCCUGCAGCGUUGCCUCAUGGUUAUCAGUCAUCUCCUCAACCUAACAGAGACACAGGAACAUUGUCAGCUUCGGAAAACCAAUAUCCACGCUUGAGAAACCAUUAUCCAGCCCCGGGAAAACCAGAUCCAACAGGUAUCAAAUAUCAAAUAUCCAUGAUUCAUAUCACUGUCUUCUAAAUUCUAUGGGAGCAUGUAGGAAUGCUUUGGCUUUUCCUCUUUUCUGUAUGCUUGUAUAUGUGACCAUUAUAAGUGUAUGUGUUUGGUUGACCUGUGUACAGUAGAUUGAAUAAAUUUGUAUUUAGCUCGU